GUGACAGGUCCUGGAAGGUAGACGGAUGUUAUUGGUAUGCAGACUGCCGGAAGUUUACCUUUGAAACCGGAAGUAAUUGCGGAGACCGUGCAGGAGAGCGGCGGCUCUCCUGACGCGCUUCUCCCGUCAUGGCGGAGGGGAAGAAGAUCGGUAAUGCCGUGCUGCCCAGCGAGUCCAUGAAGGUGAUCGCCGAGUCCAUAGGAGUCUCGCAGAUGUCGGAGGAGACCUGCCAGCUGCUCGCACAGGAAGUCAGCUUCAGGAUAAAGGAAGUCUUCCAGGACUCCAUGAAGUUCAUGCAUGUGGGCAAGAGACAGAAACUGAACCCCAGUGACAUUGAUGCUGCUCUGAAACUGAAGAAUGUGGAGCCAAUAUAUGGAUUCCAUGCCAAGGAGUUCCUGCCCUUCCGCUACGCCAGCGGUGGAGGACGCGAGCUUCACUUCUACGAGGAGAAGGAGGUGGACCUGUGUGAUAUAAUAAGCACCCCGCUUCCCCGUGUGCCCCUGGAUGUUUCCUUGAAAGCGCAUUGGCUGAGUAUAGAAGGAGUACAGCCGGCCAUCCCGGAGAACCCGCCACCAGUUCCCAAGGAGCAGCAGAAGGUUGAGGCCACGGAGCCACUGAAGGCUGUGAAACCAGGACAGGAGGAGGCAGGAGGCCUGAAAGGGAAAGGCCAGGGGGCCAAUGCUGUGGAUGGUAAAGGUAAAGAGAAGAAGAACACCAUCCUAGAGGGCGCUCCUCUAAAGCUGAAGCCUCGCAGUAUCCACGAGCUGUCUGUGGAGCAGCAGCUUUACUAUAAGGAGAUCACCGAGGCUUGUGUGGGCUCCUGUGAAGCCAAAAGAGCGGAAGCUCUGCAGAGCAUUGCCACUGACCCCGGACUGUAUCAAAUGCUGCCACGGUUUAGCACCUUCAUUUCGGAAGGGGUCCGUGUCAAUGUUGUCCAGAAUAAUCUGGCCCUGCUCAUUUAUCUUAUGAGAAUGGUGAAGGCUCUGAUGGACAACCCCACCCUCUACCUGGAGAAAUACCUACAUGAGCUGAUCCCAGCAGUGAUGACCUGCAUUGUCAGUCGGCAACUAUGUCUCAGGCCGGAUGUGGACAAUCACUGGGCUCUGAGAGACUUUGCUGCCCGGCUCAUAGCACAGAUCUGCAAGAACUUCAGCACGACCACCAACAACAUCCAAUCACGAAUAACAAAGACCUUCACCAAGACCUGGGUUGAUGACCGCACUCCCUGGACCACCCGAUACGGAUCCAUUGCUGGCCUGGCAGAGUUGGGUCCUGAUGUGAUAAAAACUCUGAUCGUUCCUCGUCUGCAAGUGGAGGGAGAGAGACUCCGCAACGUCCUGGAGGGGCCUGUAUUAUCCAACAUCGAUAAGAUUGGAGCCGACCAUGUGCAGAGCCUCCUGCUGAAACACUCGGCCCCCGUUCUGGUGAAACUUCGCUCUCCUCCUGACAACCCUGAGGCAUACCGGACAGACUAUGGCUUCCUGGGCCCCACGCUCUGCUCUCACGUGUUAAAGGCCAGAGCACAGAGCGCGUUACAAGGACCACAGGUCAACCGCACCACCCUGACUGUCACCCAGCCACGUCCCACUCUCACUCUCUCUCAGCCGUCCUCCGGCUCCAUCACGCCAUCCCCUCGUCCACCAGGAAUUAUUAAGGUGCCUGGGUCCUUGACUGGGUCCUUGACUUUGCCAGUACAGACCUUAGUGAGUGCCCGUUCUGCAACUCCCACCCAGCCGUCACCACCACCCACCAAGUACAUUGUGGUGUCUUCAGCCGGGAGCAGCGGGACCCAGGUCCUCACAUCUUCCGGGGGCCCCUCCCCCUCCACACCCUGCCCCCCAGUGGUCCAGCCCAUUGUGAAGCUAGUGUCAGGAGGUCAGAACACUGGUGUUGGUGGUUCCACCACUGGGGGCAGUAGUGGGAUGCAGAAAUACAUAGUUGUAUCUCUUCCACCUACGGGAGAAAGCAAGACCCCUCAACCGUCCCCUCCCCCUUCCACAGACACCACUGGCUUGUGACAGAAACCUUAUUUUUUUAUUUUAUUUUUUGGCAUGUGUAUGAUGUAUGACUGCAGGCGUAAGGCUGUGUGAGUGUUGUGAUGUUCCCUGUGUCCGUGCAUUACAACUUGUUUAUUUUAUGUAAAAAACAAACAAAAUAUAGAUAUAAACAUUUUGUUAAUAAAACUAUAAAAAAACAA